GUAGUUAUUCCUUUGUUCUGUGUAAUAUCUGAAGAUCUUCACCAAAGAACAAUUUGUGCCAUCACUUACACAAAUUAUUCCAGACCGGACCAGACAGUGCGCCAGACGGAUAGCAUCUCGAUUGCUAAUGUCUGAAGGUGUAUUGAGCGAUGCAGAUGUCUCCGAUGCCGGCGGCUGUCGUUUGAAGCUGUUCGGAACCCCAAGAACCAAUACAGGCAGAACCAUGGACAGAUCCUGUAAAAAAUGGCAUAUGUCACUCCUCACCUUUCCAACUGAUAGCUGAUGUGUGAUGAGCGUCCUGGUGCAAAUUGGUUGCCGUCCAUCACCCAAGUGGGUGCUACACAUUGGUGGUGGAUGAGGUCAGCCUGUGAUGUGUGUGGGUGAGGAGAUGGGCUGCACCUCGGCCAAGCAGGUGUUGGCCGUGGCCAGUGGUGAGGAGGGCCGCAGUAAAGCCUACAGCAAUGGGGAUGUUCUCUCUGACGAGUACAAGAAAGGCGUGGAAAGUGUGAAGUAUAUAAAUGGAGAAGAGGACAGACUAAACAACUGCCACCAGGACAGUACGGAGAAGACUGCCCUGCUCACCACGGUCCAACAAACAGACGACGCAGGAUCAAAUGGGAAGACACAGAUCCGUUCUUCAGAGAGCCAGCAAGAGUUCUUCAGGAUGCUGGAUGAGAAGAUAGAGAAGGGGCAGGACUACUGCUCAGAGGAAGAGGAUAUGACAUAGCACUGAGGUCCUCUAUCUGCUCCCCUGAGAGGAAGGAUUUGUCCAGUGGAGGCUGGUGUCAUUCCAACCAUUACAAUGAGCCAUUCCAUCCAUUAAAAUCUCCCUCUACUGGAUUUGUCCAAUGGCAUGGACGGACUGUACCACAUAACCCUUACCCAAGGGCCCUCUUCCUUUUGGACUAUUUCGAGGAUGGAGGGGGAGACACAUUGACCCAAACCAAGCACAUUUGCCUAGCCCAUGUCUAUAUCUACAACCCUGUCUCCCCGUAACAGAUGUACGAGUCCAAUGCGACAAUGUUUUUCCCCCAAAGGAGCAUGUUACAAGACAUGGCCGGGACUUCUUCCAGCACCAGGCCUAUAAUACGGAACGGCUCUCCAAGUAUGUCGCCAUGGUUACCAUGGACAAUAAGUACAGCGGCCGCUCGACUCUGUGACUGUGGUCUAUUAAAAGACACUGGCGGUCCAGUCAUUUUGAACUCAUGGAUUGACUGAGACCAGUACCACCAGUCCAUCAUGGUUAUUCGUAGUGGCUUAAAGGAACAUUUGUCAUUCCUCAUCUGAUUGGAUGAUGAACAGUGGAGGUCAUUGGGGGGCAGAGGAAAAUGAAUCUGGGAAUUAUUCCUGGGUGGUAUUCAUUAGGCAUCAAAUGGAAGAAAACAGACUGAAACAGGGAAGAACUUCCAAUAAGAAACGCUAGUUGACGUUUUCCGUUGUAAACAUUUUGCUACGGUGUGCCUUAAUGAAUGCAAUCCAGGUGGCUCAAACGUUCUGCGCAUUGCAGAUAGAAACUUUUAAGUAAUAGAGCUGGGGAUUCUCCCAUCAAUGUAUUGUAUCAUUGAUUCUCUUAUCAGUUCUCUCUAUGUAGCGUAUUUCUAUCUGCAAUGUUAUGAGCGUGCGUGUCACUCCAAUGAACACACCCUGGACGGGAAACCGCGGUUACUUACUUCCUGCAUUCCAAGACACUUUUUGAAUCUUCUUUUCCACAUUUUGUUACGUUACAGCCUUCUUCUAAAAUUGAUUAAGUAAAACAUGUUCCUCAUCAAUCAA